GUACUUCCAAUCUUCUAUCCCUGGGUAGUAUCGUAGUAGUGGUUAGCAGGUUACCCGCUAUUUUACGUAAAGUCUACUAUACUUCAACUUCACAGGUCUCUCUCUCUCCUCUGUGCCUCUGAGGUGUAGUUGGGGCCUUGAAAUUGAAUGGUAUUCUUUUGGAUUUUCCUAUGUGAGUUAGGUGGUUGCUUUAAUGGUGAAUUCAUGUGCUGUUCCUAGUUCGUGGGUUCUUACAUGGCACCGUCGGUUGUGGUGACCCAGAAUCUCUAGGCUUAUCCACUUGGGAAGACAAGUGGGAUUUUUCAUUUUUGGGCAUCUUAAAAGAGUGGGGUUUUCUUAUCUGGGCAACAAGUUAAGAAAGAUUGCAGCUUUUCUUGAGUUUGAACUAGGUUUUAGUGCUUCAAGUUUGAAAUUUUGCCUGGAAUCCAUCAUCUUUCUGAUUCUUCUGUUUGCAGUUUAACCAUACAUCUGUGUGUCACUGAUAAUCCUUCUUUAUGGGGAGUGAUCCCACUGAAGGUGCAGAAGCACUCCCGUCUCCUCAGUCUAUUAAGGUGCAUCUUCUAAUGUGUUCGGAAUUGAUCAAGUUUGUUACUCGAGCCUUGGAAAUACUUCCGGAAAUAGAAGCAUCUCGACCUCGAUGCACAUCGGGAUUGGAGGCACUUUGCCUAUUGAACCAAGCGAUCGACAAGGCCAAGUUAAUACUUCAGCAAUGCAGUGAAUCCAGUAAGAUCUAUUUGGCUCUAACGGGUGAUGUUAUACUCGCAAGAUGCAAAAAGUCAACGAAGUUACUGGAGCGAAGCUUAGGCGAGAUGCAACAUAUGGUCCCCGUUAUGCUGGCUGCAGAGAUUUCUCAGUUAGUUGCUGAUCUUAGAGGAGCGAAAUUUAGAUUGGAUCCAUCGGAAGAAGAGGCCGGGAAGACUGUGAAAGAAUUACUUCAUCACUACGCAUCGGCAUCUUGUCUAGCGGGAGAGAGUGCACCCGAGGCGAUUCAAGUUGCGAUGUUAAUGCUUAAUAUUUCCACGCCUAAAGCUCUCGUGAUAGAGAAAAGAUCUAUCAAUAAAAUGCUGCUGGAUAAAGUUGUUGAAGGUAAUCAGUCGAAGAAGAAGAUUUUGUUGUUCUUCCUAAAUCUUCUUAACAAGUACGGGAACAAAAUUCUGAAAGAGAAAUCGGAGAAUAGCUCGGUACAGCUUGUUGAUGAUCCUUUUCCAUCUGCCGGCUCUGAUGGUCCAUCGACCGAGGUUGAAUCGCCCGUUAAACGUGGAGCUGGAGAAUCUGACUCGCCUCCGAAUGAAUUCAGAUGUCCUAUAUCGUCGAGAUUAAUGUAUGAUCCUGUUGUGAUUGCUUCCGGGGAAACGUACGAGAGAAUGUGGAUCCAGAGGUGGUUUGAUGAAGGCAAUAGUACGUGUCCAAAGAGCGGGACGAGGUUGACUCACUUUUCGUUAACCCCGAAUAACUCGAUGAAGGACCUAAUAUCGAGGUGGUGUGUAGAGAGCGGAGUUGCUCCUUCCGACCCGAAUAUGCAGGCUGCAGUACCUCACCCGUGGGAGCUUUCGUCCGUUUCGAUCGCUAGCCUCGGGAGUUCUAUGAACGAUCUGAGGCUUCCGAUAGAUUUCAGCAAUUUGUCACUCGGAUCCUCAGACUCCUCAUAUCCCAAGAUCACGAGUCACUCGAAUAACGCUAAUGGGAAUUCUCGUAAAUCUCGGAUCAGUGGAAGCAUGAAUGAAAUGGACAUGGAGUCUUUGUACAGUCUGGAAUCACUUUCCUGGGAAUCGCAAUGCGACUUGGUCGAAAAAGUUAGGAGUAGUUUGCAACAUAGCAAUCGAGCUCCCAAGCAGACCUCAUCUGAGAACUAUGUUCAACCGCUAAUGAGAUUUUUGAAUGGCGCACAUGAUUUACAAGACGAGAAUGCCCAGAUAUUGGGGUGUCAGUUGUUGCUAACGUUCCUCAAGAAAUGCAGUAGCAAUGCAGCCCGGUUCUUGGAUAACGAUGCAUACGAAUUGUUGGUAUUGUUUCUUACGACCAAGGCUUCUACAGAAGCUCUCGCCAUCUUGGAGGAACUGUCGUGUCAUAACUUCUGUCAAUAUAAAAUUGCGGAAUCCGGUGCCCUCAACCUCAUCCUCGACAUGCUCAAUUCCGAAAACCGGGAUUUGUUGGAGCCGUCCAUCAGAAUACUCUUCAACUUGUCUGGAAACGACAACAUCCGGCUUUUAUUCGUGCCCUCCGAGCUGAUCCCGAGAUUGAUUCCGUUCUUCAACGAUGCCUGUCUCGCGAGAUAUUCCUUAGCCAUCUUGAAAAACCUGUGCAACAACCAAGAUGCUAGAAUCUCUGUCGCUGAGACCGACGGGUGCAUUGCUUCUGUGGCGAAGCUACUGGAUAGCGAAAAUCUCGAGAACCAAGAGCAUGCAGUGGCCGUUCUUCUUUCAUUGUGCUCUCAAAGAUCUCAAUAUUGCGACCUCGUUAUGGCUGAGGGGGUUAUCCCCGACCUCGUUAGUAUAUCCCUCAACGGGAAUAGCAAAGGAAAGGCAAUGGCUUCAGAAAUGCUGCGGAUCUUGAGAGACGAAUGCCACAGCAUCGGAGAACCUUCCCAACCCGACACCAAUGCCACUAGAUACACCGCCACUGCCAAUGGCGGCAACGACUCUACGGAGAGAAGACCAUCAACCAAGCCAACAGGAAUUCUCGGGAAAUUGUUCGCUGCAAAAAGGAGAAGGUAGGAACCGGAUAUCCUCUCUUCUUAUUCUAGGACAAGAUACUAACUAUCCUCGGGAUUAACACCUAGGAGCAAGACCACUCAACGCGCGCUAAGGUAUUGAUUAAAGCCGAAUAUGUACAGUUCUGCAUAAUAUGAAGUGGGAUUUGCUUAUUAUGUUAUUGUGGUUAGAUGAGAAGAUAUUGCUAUUAGUGAAGUAAAAUUUGUGUAUAUGAAUUAGGAGUGUAGAUGGGUAUAGGUUUGGAAGUAUUAGGUGGAAAAAUCCCAUUUAGUAUAGUGAUCUGCAAAUGGAUGAGAGUUGCAGAUUCUUGAGAUGGGUGCUUCAUUAUAUGCUGUAGAUCAAUGAAGUCUGUUUUGUAUAUGAUGACAAUCUAUUUUGAAAAUAUAUAUUUUUCUUUUUAUGGUACAUAUUUUGUUCUAA